GAAGCUGGACAACAAAAUGAUGCUCUUUCUACUCUUUGUAGGCCUUCCUAUUUUUCUUAUUUUUCUUCUUCCUAAAAUCAAAAAGAGUGGCAAAGACAAUCUGCCACCAGGUCCUAUAGGUCUGCCAUUCAUUGGAAAUUUGCAUCAGUAUGAUAGUUUAACCCCUCAUCUCUAUUUCUGGGAACUUUCCAAACAAUAUGGGAAAAUAUUUUCAUUGAAACUUGCUUCUGCUCCAAUGGUUGUAGUUUCUUCACCAGAAUUAGGGAAAGAAGUAUUGAAGACAAAAGAUUUAGUAUUUUGUAGUAGACCUUCUCUUCUUGGGCAGCAAAAAUUGUCUUACAAUGGUCAUGAUAUUGCCUGUGCACCUUAUAAUGACUAUUGGAGAGAAAUGAGAAAAAUUGGCGUUCUUCAUCUAUUUAGUCUCAAGAAAGUACAACUAUUUAGUCCAAUUCGUGGAGAUGAAGUCUCGAGAAUGAUCAACAAAAUAUCUCAACAAGUUAAUACCUCACAAAUCACCAAUUUGAGCAAUUUAAUGAUUUCACUAACUAGUACAAUUAUUUGUAGAGUUGCUUUUGGUGUUAGGUUUAAUGAAGAAGCACAUGAAAGGAAGAGAUUUGAUUAUCUUUUGACUGAAGCUCAAGCAAUGAUGGCUAGCUCUUUUGUAUCUGAUUUUUUUCCUUCUUAUCUGAAAACAGUUAUAAAAGAGGCAUUUAGAUUGUAUCCACCGGUUCCACUACUAGUGCCAAGAGUAUCAAUGGAUAAAUCCACACUACAAGGGUAUGAAAUUCAGCCAGGAACAAUAAUUCAUGUUAACUCAUGGGCAAUUGCAAGAGAUCCUGAAAUAUGGGAAAAUCCAGAAGAAUUUAUACCUGAGAGAUUCUUGAAUAAUGAUAUUGAUUUCAAAGGACAAGACUAUGAGCUAAUUCCUUUUGGAGCAGGACGAAGAGGGUGCCCAGGAAUUACACUCGGGGUUGCUUCCACAGAACUUGCAUUGUCAAAUCUUCUUUAUGCAUUUGAUUGGGAAUUACCUCGCGGGAUGAAAAAAGAGGACAUUGACACAAAUGUUAUGCCUGGAAUUACCAUGCAUAAGAAAAAUGAGCUUUUCCUUAUCCCUAAAAGUUAUUGCUAGAUAACAGUUAGACAUGAAUCUAAGGGGAGUUUUAUGAAAUAAGUUGAAUUUGCUUUCAGCUCAAUUUAUGUAUACAUAUCUAAAAUAUCAUGAAAUGCAUAUAAUAAAUUACCCUCUCGCUAA